UAUAUAUACUACUCACGCCUCCCUUAAUAUCUUCUUAAUAUAAGACGUUUCUUAUAUUAUGAGACAGAGAUAGUACAUGUUUGCGUACUCUCACUGUAAAGUGAUCUAAUCAUUUUUAUGCAGUAUUUGUUUACAGAGUGAGUACGUAACAAACUUAGUGCCAUGAAUUAUUAUCUUUUUUAUAAAUGAAAACAUUUUGCUUGAUCAUUGGAAACGAAUCAUAAAGCCUUUGCCAUAUUUACACCAAAUAAAAUAAAAUUGAACCAUCCUACCAUGUACUGACCGUCGACCGACGGAGAAGCUCAGCUGACACCUCCAUGACCCAUAGUCAUCUUCAAGGAUUAGCUCCGGUGGCCACAACUACUGACUAAGCCUGCAGCCACAACGACGUGCUAACCCACACGCAUCACCAAAGCGCCUAUAUAAACAUUAGCUCCGGCGCAUGCAUUUCCACACAGCCCAAGUUAAUCAAUCAAUAUGACUUCUUCCAUGCCUUGCCUUGUCCUGCUCUUGGGCAUUGCCUGCAUCCUGCAGGCGUCGCUGACCGCGGCGGCGUGGGAGCUGCCGGAAUCCGAGGUGAGGUCCAGGUGGACGAGGUGGCAAACCAAAUACUCGAAGCGCUACCCGACCCCCGAGGAGAAGGAGAAGCGGUUCCAAGUAUUCAAGACGAACACCAACUCCAUCGGCGCUUUCGCCAGCCAGACUACGGUCAACGCCGUCGUCGGCGGGUUCGGGCCCCAGACCGUCACCACGGUCAGGGUCGGCAUGAACAGAUUCGGCGACCUCAACCCCAGCGAGGUCGCCGAGCAGUUCACCGGGUUCAACAACUCCGUCUUCACCCCAGAGCGUCCCUCCCCGCUCCCCUACGACUCCUGGAAGCCGUGCUGCGUUGACUGGCGCUCGAGCGGCGCCGUCACCGGCGUCAAGUUUCAGGGCUCCUGCUUGUCAUGCUGGGCAUUCGCGGCCGUGGCGGCCAUCGAGGGCAUGAACAAGAUCAGGACCGGCGAUCUGGUGUCGCUGUCGGAGCAGCAGCUCGUGGACUGCGACACCAGUAGCAGCGGCUGCAGCGGCGGCCGCACUGACACUGCCCUGGGCCUCGUGGCCUCCCGCGGCGGCAUCACGUCCGAGGAGAGGUACCCGUACAGCGGCUUCAAGGGCACCUGCGACGUGGACAAGCUGCUGUUCGACCACCAGGCGGCCGUCAAGGGAUUCAAGGCCGUGCCGCCCAACGACGAGCGGCAGCUGGCGCUGGCCGUGGCGCGGCAGCCCGUGACGGUGUACAUCGACGCCAGCACCUGGGAGUUCCAGUUCUACUCAGGCGGCAUCUUCCGGGGCCCCUGCUCCGCCGACGCCGCGAGGGUCAACCACGCCGUCACCAUUGUCGGCUACUGCGAGGAGUUCGGCGAGAAGUUCUGGAUCGCCAAGAACUCGUGGAGCAACGACUGGGGCGACCAGGGAUACAUCUACCUCGCCAAGGACGUCUUCUGGCCGACGGGCACCUGCGGCCUCGCCACCUCGCCCUUCUACCCAACAGCUUGACCGACGCCGGCUUGCCGGCGGAGCUUUUAAAUUUGCGUGCGCGCAAUACUUGCUUACCUUUAGUGCAUCGAUCGUACGGAUGGUUAAGAGUGAUCGGUGGUUGUGUGAUACAGUAUUGUUUCCCAUAUCAUUUUGAUAAUGUAAAAUAAAAUAUUGAUUGUGUUUACCUAAAAAAAUUAAUAGUUGGGCAAUCAGUAAGA